UUGCCCGUAUCUUAGCAGUAAAUUUUCUUAACGUACCUGUGCACAUCGUGUUGAUAUCGUAUCGUCCUUUUACUUUCUUCUCAUCCAAGUAGCAUUUUGCUAAAGCGACGACCAUGCAGGACUGCGACCCCAAUAUUAGAUGCUCUCUUCGGGAGGGUAUUUCGUCAGCCUGGCACCAUGGGAGACAUCGACGCUGACCGUUCUAUCAUCAGUAUUGUGGUUCCCAGGAAGUAGCGGAGAUCUGCUUGGCGAUGACGGCUUACACUCAGUAGUCGGUGCUUGCAGAUCAUUGGCAGAGCGAAUAAGAUGUGGCGUAUACGUGCCUUAUACAUCUCUGCACCUUUUGCAUCAAUUGGUAUCUUUGUCAUUAAUGUUUGUUGUCUUCCUUCUCGGUUUCCUUUGAUGCGACCUGUACAUUUGUGUGACACGUGUCUCGUCUACAUGUUCUCCUGCUGAUAACUAGCCGGUCACCUCCUGGCUCACCAAAACUU